GGUUCUGCAGCAUCACUGAGCUGGUGCAGUGCAAACACGCUCGUUCAUCCUCACCGAUGGUGUGCAGAACAAGGGGGACUUCAAAAAACUUCUGAAACCAAAACAUCCACAUAAUUAUUUCAUAAACAAAGAAAAAAAAAAUAGAAAAAAAAAUUCCAUCAUGAGCUUCGAUUCUCACACCUCCUACCGGCGCCCCUGGGACAGCUACAGAGGCUCCCGACCCACCAGACCCUCCAUGUCCUCCUACGCCUCCUCCCGGGCCCUGGUGCCGGGAAGGCGGCCCAUGUGGCCCUCAUCCUGCCUGCCGGAUGCAUCGGAGCGGGUGGACCUGGCCCAGGCCUCCUCCCUGAACGCCGAGCUGCUGGGGGUGCGUGCCCAGGAGAAGGAGCAGCUGGUAGGGCUGAACGACCGCUUCGCCACCUACGUGGAGAAGGUGAGGAGCCUGGAGCAGCACAACCGGGUCCUGCUGGCCGAGCUGGAGGUGCUGCGGAGGCGGCAGCGGGAGCCGUCCCGCCUGCGGGGGCUGUACGAGGGGGAGGCGCGCAGCCUGAGGGCCCAGAUCGACGCGGAGAGCGGCGAGAAGAUGCGCGUGGAGGCGGAGAGGGACUACCUGCGGGACGUGCACCUGCAGCUGAGGGAGCGCUGCGGGGAGGAGGAGCGCCAGCGCCGUGGCGCCGAGGAGAGCAUGCGGGGAGCCCGGGAGGAGCUGGGCCGGGCCGUGCUCGCUAACUGCGGCGUGGAGGCCAGUGUGAUCUCCCUGACCGAGGAGAUCGCCUUCCUGAAGAAGGUGUUCGCGGAGGAGCAGGUGGCCCUCCGGGCCCAGCUGCAGGCCGCCAGCGUGGACGUGGAGGUGGAGGUGUCCCGGCCCGACCUGUCCGCCGCUCUCCGGGAGAUACGCGUCCAGUACGAGCGGCUGGCCAACAACAACAUGCGGCUGGCCGAGGACUGGUACCAGAGCAAGCUGGCCGGCGUGACGGAGAUGGCGAGCAGGAACACCGAGGCCGUGCGGGCCGUGCGGGAGGAGACCAUGGAGUACCGGCAGCUGCUGCAGUCACGCUCCUCGGAGAUCGAGGGGCUGAGGAACGUCAUCGAGUCCCUCCACAAACAGCUGGACGACUUGGAGGACACUCAGGGUCAGGAGGUUGCCAAGUACCAGGUGAGGGUGAAUAAUCUGGAGAGGAAUAUCAAUGACGCAAAGCAAGAGAUGGCUCGCUAUCUGAGAGAGUAUCAAGACCUCCUCAAUGUCAAAAUGGCCCUGGACAUUGAGAUAGCUGCGUAUAGAAAACUCCUGGAGGGCGAAGAGUUCAGACUGACCUUCUCCACUCUCCCGGCCCUUCCCUACCACUAAAAUGUCAUCUAAACUACAAUACCCAACAUCCCCUUCCUUACCGCUAAACUGUCAUCUCAAGUACAGCCCCAAAUAUCCCCUUCCCUACACCAACAUUUUCAUCUCAACUACAGUACCCAAUAUCCCCUUCCCUACCAUGACCCCCUCUCCUACAUUAGCAGAAAUCCCCUGUUUCCCUCCCUGACUUCACGUCCCUCCUUCACUUCCGUCUCAUCCUAAACCUUACAGCUCCCGGGCCAGAUUCUGUGGUUCGGCUCCAUCCUCCAUCUUAAGCUCAUUUUCCGAAGACAGAUGCGCCCUUGUUCUAUUACAAGAGGUCCACAAGAAGGUCCCCCUUCUUCUCCACACACUGACACCACACAUCAGCCGAGAGAGCGAGAAAGCAGGACACUGCUGCGGGGCUGCACUGCAUUGGUCCUGGUUGAGGUCCGGAGCAGUUUUCUUUUGGUAGAGUGUCCCUCCGCUGUGACAGCUAGACUCCAAGCACCAGGGCUCAGCAUUAGACCCUUUCCAAACCCACCGUCACAAACAUUUAACCAAUUGUUUGUGACGGAGGAUAAUGUUCUAAUUUCAUUCUGCUUUGGAUGCUUGGACUGUAUCUGUGCUCACGAGAAACCGGCGUGUGGCUUUGGAACUCUACCAACAGAAUGCUGCACUGCAACCCCGGUUCUAAGUAGUCCGUAACCAGUAACCUUACAUGUCCAUCGUAAGAUGCUAUUAAGUUGCUUUAUGUUAUUCUUACAUGAUAUUUGUAUGCACCAUUACAAGCUUCAGUUUGGUUGGAGAGGAUUUUGCUUUGGUUUUGGUGAAGAUUUGGUUGACUUAAUCAGCUAAUUAUUAAUUGAUCAACAAUGAUAAAAGACCAGUUUCUUUUGAAAAAGUGAAAAGCUUGGUGCAUGGCAAUAUCAUGGAAGACUACUUGUUACUGGUUUGUACGUGUGAUCUUUGAAAUAUCCGCUUGUCAGUCUUAUCCAUUUGUGUUUAUUAGGCUCAAUGAAACAAAGCUAAAGUAAAUAAUGAAAUGUAACUGAAAGAUAAGUAGCCUGGUAACUGUAACCUUAUGUUGUGGAAACAGAAAUCGUAGACCUAAAUGGUGAUUUAAAUCUGUGAAACUAUAAGAAGCGUGCACCUUAUAUGGUUGGUCUAAAUGUCAGUGCCAGCCACAUGCUGAAUAAAACAAACAUGGCUUAACGAAACUCCAGUUGAAUUUAUGUGUUGUUGUUUGGUUUGCUGACAUUAAUUAUGGGUCAUUCUUCCUUGAUAGUUGUAAGCCUAUUGGUUUCAUAUUAUGUAGUUAUAUUGGGUGUUGUGAAUACAGGAAGUGGCUGCUCACCUUGCAGUUCUAUCGCUCGUCGUUCUCACGUGAGUUCCACUGACUGCAGGAUCAGCGGCACUGCAGGAUUUCCCACAUUUCCAUAGCGCUGGCAAGUAGUGUCAGCAAAUAUUGUAGAUGCAGUGUUUUUACGGAGCUUAACCAUCGAAAAGAGCCGAGUUAAUGAAUUUAUUCUCUCAGCUGUUGCGAGAUAAUAAUGUCCAUGUGUUCAUGAAUAAAGCAUCAUGAUUUGAA